CGGCCCUCCGCCGUUCUGCGGGCGCUGCGGGCGGAGCGGAGCGCGGCGAUGGCGGCGGCCCCGGCGGAAGCGGAGACCCGGCAGCGGCUGCUGCGCACCGUCAAGAAGGAGGUGAAGCAGAUCAUGGAGGAGGCGGUGACGAGGAAGUUUGUGCACGAGGACAGCAGCCACAUCAUCUCCUUCUGUGCUGCUGUGGAAGCGUGUGUCCUGUAUGGGCUGAAGCGCAGGGCAGCAGGAUUCCUGCGCAGCAACAAGAUAGCAGCUCUGUUCAUGAAGGUGGGCAAGAGCUUUCCUCUGGCAGAGGAGCUUUGCAAGAAGGUGCAAGACAUGGAGCAGCUCAUCGAGAAUGCACGAACUCAAGUCCAGAGCAUCCCAGAGAACGUGCGUAAGAUGCCAAAGCUGCCCAACCUGUCUCCUCAGGCCAUCAAGCACCUCUGGAUCCGCACAGCUCUCUUUGACAAGGUCUUGGAUAAAAUCGUGCAUUACUUAGUGGAGAACAGCAGUAAAUACUAUGAGAAAGAAGCUCUCCUGAUGGAUCCUGUGGAUGGACCAAUUCUUGCAUCUUUGUUGGUGGGGCCCUGCGCGCUGGAGUACACCAAGAUGAAGACAGCCGACCACUUCUGGACAGACCCUUCUGCUGAUGAGUUGGUGCAGCGGCACCGUAUCCACAGCUCACACUGUCGCCAGGACUCACCCACCAAGCGCCCGGCGCUCUGUAUUCAGAAGAGGCAUUCCAGUGGCAGCAUGGACGACCGGCCAUCGCUGUCUGCCAGGGACUACGUGGAGUCACUGCACCAGAACUCCCGAGCCACGCUCCUCUAUGGCAAAAACAACGUCCUGGUGCAGCCACGAGAUGACAUGGAGGCCAUCCCAGGUUAUCUGUCCCUUCACCAGACUGCAGACAUCAUGGCACUGAAGUGGACUCCCAACCAGCUGAUGAAUGGCUCUGUGGGGGAUCUGGACUAUGAGAAGAGCCCAAGCUCUAAAACUUCCCAGUGUCCAGACGUGACCAAGGAGGAGAGGAGUCGGAUGGCAAAUGUGUACUGGGACUAUGCCAUGACUAUUCGCCUGGAAGAGAUAGUCUAUUUGCACUGCCACCAGCAAGUAGACAGCGGUGGAACGGUUGUCUUGGUGAGCCAGGAUGGGAUCCAGAGGCCUCCAUUGAGGUUCCCCAGAGGAGGGCACUUGCUGCAGUUCCUGUCCUGCUUGGAGAAUGGGCUCCUGCCCCAUGGGCAGCUGGACCCACCCCUCUGGUCCCAGCGGGGAAAGGGGAAGGUGUUUCCCAGGCUGAGGAAGCGAAGUCCCCAGGGCUCCUCCGAGUCUGCGUCUGACAAGGAAGAUGACGAAGCCACAGAUUAUGUUUUCAGGAUAAUUUACCCGGGGACACAGUCUGAGUUCGUUACCAUUAACGGUCAUUCCCAUCCAUUCUUUGCGUCUGUCAUCUCCAUCACUGCUGGGAGAGGGAAGGUGGUGAGGAUUCCAGCUGCAAGCAAGGUGGUGGUGAUCCACAAAUGGUCUCCAGUUCACUCCAAUGUGUCCCGACCCCCCCUGGCAGCUCUGGGGGCCACUCAGCAUCAGUUGCCCCAGGACCUGAUGGAUACCCAGGGCCCUGGCCUCCCUCCCAUAUGGCAGCCCAGCACACGCAAGUCCUCCUGCUCCUCCUGCUCACAGAGCGGCUCCUCUGAUGGUGCACCAGCCAACGGCUGCAGCCAUGAGAGAGCUCCUCUGAAGCUCCUGUGUGACAAUAUGAAGUACCAGAUCCUCUCCCGGGCUUUCUAUGGAUGGCUGGCCUACUGCAGACACCUCUCCACGGUGCGAACUCACCUCUCUGCACUGGUUAACCACAGCAUCGUGUCUCCCGACGUGCCCUGCAGUGCUAGCUCAGGACUGACUGUGGACAUAUGGCAGAAGUACCUGGAGGACAGCACGAGUUACGAGGACCAGGAGCUGCUGCGGCUGAUCUACUACGGUGGGAUCCAGCAUGAGAUCAGGAAGGCUGUCUGGCCCUUCCUUUUGGGCCAUUAUCAGUUUGGGAUGACAGAAGCGGAAAGGAAAGAGGCUGAUGACCAGAUCCGCACCUGCUACGAGCACACCAUGGCUGAGUGGUUGGGCUGUGAAGCCAUCGUCCGGCAGAGGGAGAAGGAGUCUCACGCAGCAGCUCUGGCCAAGUGCUCCUCUGGGGCCAGCCUGGAUUCCCACAUCCAGAGGAUGAUGCACAGGGACUCGACGAUCAGCAAUGAGUCCUCGCAGAGCUGCAGCUCUGGCCGACAGAAUCACGUCCGGCUGCAGAGCGACUCCAGCUCCAGCACUCAGGUGUUUGAGUCGGUUGAUGAGGUGGAGCAGACGGAAGCAGACACUCAGCUCGAAGAUGGCAAACAAAGCAAGAUCCCCAAUGGGACCGUCCCCAAUGGCACAUGUUCCCCUGAUUCGGGCCAUCCCUCUUCCCAGAACUUCUCCAUCACUUCAGGCUUCUCGGAGCGCAGCUUCAGCAAUGAGGACAGUGCCCUGGAAACCACCAAGUCCUCAGCCAGCUCACAUGGGAAGGUGGGAGGCUCAGAGCCAGCCCCGCAGGACAUGGAUGGAGCCCUGCAGGAGGAAAAGCUGCAGGGCCAGGACAGCCUGGAGGGUGAAUUUCCCACUGGAGGAGGCAUGGACUUCAUUGCUGUGGCCGAGAGCUCGGCAGCAGUCCUGCGUGGUUGUGAUGCUGUGGCCCUGACGGUGGUGGAGAGCUGGGCGGAAAGCGAAGCUGAAAAGCAAAGCUUGGUGGAGAGUGAGGAUAACCUCUCUGAAGAGCCAGAGAUGGAGAGCUUGUACCCACAGCUGGACUCACUGGCUGUGGCUGAUCUGGCCACCAAUGAAGCAUCUCCCAUCUCCUCAACAGGUGUCACCUACUCUCCGGAGCUGCUGGAUAUGUACACGGUGAACCUGCACCGCAUCGAGAAGGACGUGCAGCGGUGCGACCGCAACUACUGGUAUUUCACCCCCACCAACCUGGAGAAGCUCCGUAACAUCAUGUGCAGCUACAUCUGGCAGCACAUUGAGAUUGGCUACGUGCAGGGGAUGUGCGACCUGCUGGCCCCUCUCCUGGUCAUCCUGGAUGACGAAGCCCUGGCUUUCAGCUGCUUCACUGAGCUCAUGAAAAGGAUGAAUCAGAAUUUCCCCCACGGCGGAGCCAUGGACACUCACUUUGCCAACAUGAGAUCCCUGAUCCAGAUUCUGGACUCUGAGCUCUUUGAGCUGAUGCACCAGAAUGGUGAUUACACCCAUUUCUACUUCUGCUACCGAUGGUUUCUCCUGGACUUCAAGAGAGAGCUGGUGUAUGACGAUGUUUUUGCUGUUUGGGAGACCAUCUGGGCAGCUGCACGCGUUUCCUCUGCACACUAUGUGCUCUUCAUUGCCCUGGCUUUGGUGGAAAUGUACCGGGAUAUCAUUUUGGAGAACAACAUGGAUUUUACAGACAUCAUCAAGUUUUUCAAUGAAAUGGCUGAGCGGCACAACACCAAGCAGAUCUUGAAGCUGGCUCGAGACCUUGUGUACAAAGUGCAGACUCUGAUCGAAAACAAGUGAAAGACCUGGGGAAGACGAGGCAUCCGGACAGAGAGCUGGGACUCCCCUCCAAUGCUUCCUCUCCCUUUUUCUCACCAUUCCACACCUGUGGAAGUGAGGUAGUUGGACACACGCUGCAGUCUGAACUGGCACUACCCAUAGCUCUGCAAGUGCUGUGCUCAGUGUUAGGUCCGGGGGCUCCGGCUCAGAUCUGCACAGCAUUCUCUAAUGACUUAACCAAAGAUCUGUACAAUUGUGUUGCAUUGCUAAAGACUUGCUUUGGAGGUAGGGCAGCCGCUUCCUAACCCUGCUGCAAUGAAGGAGCAGCACAUGGUUAUCACCCCAACUGCAGAAGCAGUUGCCAGCAUCCCAGGUCAAUGUUGGGGGGGGUCUGGGAGAGCAGGGCUGCCAAACCCAACCAGGGAUGCUGCCAGCCCUCAGUUUCUUACUGACAUCUGAGGUUCUGCCAGUAGCAGAGAGGGACUUGGAUCACAGAGAUUCCUCAUCUUUUGAUCUCGUCCCUUGACGCAUAGCAUCCCCUUUAGUAUUUUUAGGGCUCCGUUCUCUCCCUUGGAUUUUUACAUUGUUUGUUACUACGGUAUCCGAGCACACAAGAGUUUUGUCUGCAGAUGGAGUUUUGGAAGAGCUCCAAAUUCAGCAUUGGGUUUCUCUUUCAAAAUUCAGCCUCUGUAAAUGCCUCUGAACACCAAGACCUGCUCCUGGCCUUGUCUGGCAGCUCCAGACACCAGGUUUUCUUCGUACCUGCCUUAUUCUAGCUGCUUGUGUUAGGGGUCUGCUCUCCUGCUCGUCCUUCUGCAACCCAAUUUAAGGGAGGGCUCCUUGGAAGGCAAGUGGGAGCUCCUGACCUAGUGGCUGUCCUGAUGUUCCCCUCUGAAGGUGCCUGUCUGUUCCUCUAUUAGCUGAAAGAGUGGCUGCUUGCAGCUGAACAGUGCAAACGAUCCCUCUGGUGCCUGCAGGUUUCUGUGUGCUUAUGGGGCUGCUCAGAAAGCCCCCUGAGUCCAUUGAAGGUCUCCAGUUAGGUUGUGGUGGGCUGCUUUUCACCCAGCAUCUCCGAGUGGUCUUUGCUUUUAGCAGAUGCAUUGCAGUGGCUCUCCAGCAUCUCAUGCGUGAAGUGCCUCUGCAGCACUGCCAGCGUGGGGCUGAGUGUGCGGUGCAAUGGUUGUGGUGUGGGUUUGGAUUCAUUUCUCAACUCAGGUUUAAAAAAAAUAAAGAGGAAAAGGAGGGGUGUUGGUGAUGGGCAGGUCUGGCUCAGCCAGGGGGAGCUUUGCCAUGGCCACAGAGGGCUGUAGGAAUGCAGGGAGGUGCUGGGUUGGAGCUCUCUGUAAGGGAGUUUCUCUCGAGUUUUGCUGCAGAAAUAUGUGUUCCCCUCCAUGUGAUGUGUGUGCGUUCUGCCCUCCGCCCCUCUGUGCAAUGGGGCCCUUCUGCUGCUGCUUCCCUUCUUCUUUGGAAUGCCUGUCCGUGCCGACUGUGCUCCGUAAUGACUUAUGGCAUGUGGUAGAUGUUGCUUGCAGAAGGACAGGCAGGCAAUCUCUCACUUUUGCAUAGAGCAGAGCGAGAUGCUUGUACCCCCUCCCAGAUUGUUCCACUUCUCUCUGGGUCUUGGGAUAGAUCAGCAUCUACCUGCAUGGCCACUUCCAAAGGGGAAGGGGGCUGCUCUACCCCAUCCCUUCCAAAGGACGGGAGCCAGUAUGUAACUAAACACAGUCCUGACAAGCAGCAUCGCUGACACUUUAUCCUUCAUGCUUCUGAUUUUCCUCUAUUCUUGGUUUUCAAACAGAAAACAGCCAAGAAAUUCCGCACAAUGUUUGCUGUCUGUGUGAACGGGGUGUCUUUGAUAGCAAUGUGUGGGGUUGGUUUUGGUUUUCUUUUUUUUUUUUAAGUCACUUUUUUGGGGAAGAAAAGUAUUUAUUGAUUGCACAUUCCCGUGUGUCUGUGUGCACUGAAGUGCGUGAGUGUGUGUGUUGUGAUGCAAAUGGAGAUGUAUCUUUGCAAUGUUGCCAACAUAUCUUGUAAAUGUUUACCAGAGAAUAGUGUCUAUAUAUAAUAUAAUAUAAUAUAUAUAUAUAUGGUAUAGAGAGAAAAUAUAUGAACUAAGUGGGUUAUUUUUUGAGAAGGGAGAAGUGUUGAUUCUAAGAGCUGCGUGGUCUCCUUGCAGCUGUCCCAUGCUGCACCCCCAUCCCUGUGCUGUUUGCAGAGGCGCUGUGUCCUCUUGGCUUGAGUUUAGCUCUGAUUUUCAAACUGUGGGUAAGAAGGAAAAAGGGAGUGUGGGGGGGAAGCUCUGGUUCAGCCCAUGUGGGUAGAGCUGUGCAGGGCCAUGCCUGCCAUGGGUUAAUGUGAGUGUACAAUGCAGACCUGAGCUCUGUUUGAGUUGCAGAGCAGCUGGAUAGUGCAAAGAAUACAACCAGCCAGGUUCUGUGUCAGUUGCUACUAAAGUCCCUCUCCAUUGCAGUCGAGUGGGGAGCAGCCUGCUGCAGGGAUGCCUGUCCUUAUACAGUCAUCCUGUCUGGCUCCUUGGGAGAGGAAUGCUCCAUCCCAGCAGCACCAUGAGCUGCGAUUCGCCCCAUGCAAUGGCUGCAAAGCUGAGGGCUGGCCUUGUGCUGCAGGAUGCAUUGCCUGCUGUUGGAGCUCAGCACCCAGGUGAUCCCAGUGCAUUUAAGUGCAGCGUUUGGAUCCUGGCCUGCUUUCCUGCACCUGAGUGUUUCCGCUGCUAAAUAACUCUUAGUACCCAUCUCUUUCAGUGUUGCUGAUGUGAAUGUUCCGUGAGUCGUCUUUUGUUCUUAAGUGAGUGAUUUUUAGAGGAGUUUUGCUGUGUUGGGUGUCUGAAUCGCUUUGCUUCUGACAUUUUUUCAUGAAGACUGAGAGAGAUUUUGGCCUGGGAGCAUCCUUGGUGCCUGAACACUCACUGUACCCAGAGUGUGAGGAUCAGCAGUGCUUUUUCCAUCCCUAAAUCCCAUGCAGGUGAAGGUCUCAGGAUGACUCUCUUCUUUACUCCUGGUUAAACAGCUGGUUGGCCAGUUUUCCUCUCUUUCCCCCAUUUCUCUGCAGUGGGGGGUGACAGUCCCAGGCUCAGUGCUGCAGGCCCCACUCCUCUAUGUGCCCACGGUGGUUCCAUCACAACACUUGUCCAAUGUCUUUCUCUUCAUGUGAGAAUUCUCACUGAUCCCAAGCAGUUCUGGGCAUGUUCUUUAUUGGCAUUCUAGUGUUGCAUGAGCUCCAAUUGGUGGUGGAAGAGCACAGUCUGCACAUGGAGCGAUGGUGUAUAUGCUAUAAGUCCUACCAGAACCUGAUUUCCAGAAGCCUAUUAUAAAGAUGUUCAGAUAUCCUCCAGCUCAUGAAAUGCCACUUAGUUCCACGUGCUGCUUUGGGCACUCAGGUAUCCUUGCUCAAGGUCACUUGCUGUUUGCACACACCGCCAAUGGGGAUUCCUGACAUCCCCAUGGUCCACCAUUUCACUCACCACGUUUGUGUUUAUGGCAUCGUGGGCCAAAGCUGAGAUUGUUUGGGAGCUGCAGCUUCCCACAGCCUGGGGCUCUUGGGUUUGUUCUAACCCGUGUCUGAACCUUGAACUUCCUGGAGAAUGCACACUGUUGGAAUAGGCAUCACGUUCUUUUGGUGUGCUCUAAUCUGAGAUGAACGAUAAGUGUAUUUCACCUUAAAGUCCAGUUCAGCCCUUUAAUUACUUCCUUUUAAACACUGAUAUUGCACAUGGGGGACAGACAGAGCUGUGCUGAGAGGAGCAGGGGGCACAGAGCCCCUGCAUGGGGGUGGUACAAUGUGUAGGGAUGGGAAAGUGCUCCCAUGAAGGAGAAAACCCACCUGGGUGACACCUCAGGUCCACAGUUGUCCCCUCCCUCAUGCUGGGACCCCUGAGGUGUGAAUGUCUGAAUGGAAGCUGUGUGUCAGACUUUGUGUUGCCCUGCACUGAUUGCUGCUUUUCCACUUUGGAUGCCAUUUUGGUCUCUGGGAGUUGCUCUAUCUGAGGUUAACAAGCAACUAUAGCUUUUAAUAUAUUUGUAGAAGUGCUGCUAAUGUUCUUAGAUGAUUUAAACUCCACACUGUGGUAGAAUAUCUGUUUUAUAUUAUUUUAUUCAUGCUUUUAUUUUUUUCUUUGGGGUAAUGUAAACUGUUCCUUAUUGUUGUUCAGAAAGGAAAAAUUAAAGCUCUAUUCUCUAUGGUUGAUGUAUUUUCCAA